AUGGAGAAGUUCUCCCAAUUCCGGGAUCGAGGAUCCGGCAUCGCGCCGUUCCUCCCGAUUCCCGCUCAACCGUCGGGCUACCAGCUCCCUCUGCGCGUGUUCCUGUUCUUCUUCCGUCUCCCGCUCUUCGUCUUCGUAUGCUUUACCUACUUUGCCAUUCUACAAUGGUUUCCGAUCGGGUCGUUAGGGAAGAAGGCUUCGCUAUGGUGUAUCCUGGGGGUGCCCAGUAUAUGGUGGAUUGAUCUCCAGAUCGAUGGGGUGCGAAAAGGGUCGCUUUCAAGACAGCAGCAGGCUCGUCUCCCCGGUCCCGGUUCGAUUAUCGCUUCGUCCUUUACCUCUCCCAUCGAUGCCGUAUAUCUCGCCGCCAUCUUCGAUCCCAUCUUCACCGCGUCAUACCCCAACACCCGCCAGGUCGAACAUAUCUCCCUCCUCCAGGCGAUUCUACGCUCCUUCGCACAACCCCGUGUCAGUCCCUCGCCAGGGACCCGGAUGGUCGACUUCUCGACACUGCUGCAGAAAUACCCCAACCGACCGAUCGUGACGUUCCCCGAAUGCACCACUACAAACAGCCGCGGUAUCUUGCCUCUUAGCCAUUCGCUACUGGGUGCUCCAGCGCAGACGAAAAUAUUCCCCGUGAGCCUGCGAUAUACGCCUGUGGAUGUUGUUACGCCGCUGCCAGGGACAUAUCUGAGCUUCCUGUGGACGUUGUUGAGUCGCCCAACUCACUGUAUACGUGUUCGGAUUGCCGAGUCGGUGGUUAGUGGAGCAGGGGCGGACAUGAGUCAGGUUAGCAAGGGUAUGAAGCAGGAAACCGUCGAAAGUUUUGAGGCUGCGAUUGCGCCCGCUGAGAAGGCACUGCUGGAUAAUGUGGGUGAGUCGCUGGCUCGACUGGGUCGGGUUAAGCGUGUUGGGUUGGGGGUGAAGGAAAAGCAAGACUUUGUACGGAUGUGGACUAAAACGCGACGGACAUGGUAG